AUGGCCCCGGCCGUUCCCCUGUGCCGGGCGGGGCCGCCCCGUCCCCGGCCCUGGGCGGCCCGGCGCGGUCUCGCCCUCGCCCGGCUCCCGGCGCGCCGGCUGUGGCGCUGCUGGGCGCUCCUGUGGGGCUGGCUGUGGGACGGGCUCGGCCUCGCCGCCCCUUGGCUCCGCCUGGCUCGAGCCCGGCGCCUGCCGGGGCCGGCGGGGGCCGCGGGCGCCGCGGCCGCUGCCGCCUCCUCGGCGGCUUCCCCGGCCAGAGCUCCGCCGCUCGCCAGCCCGGCCGCCGGCAGCGAGCCGCCGCUGCCCGCUGCGGCUGGGGAAGCCCGGCCCGGGCCGCUUGAGGGGCGCUCGGGGGCCGUGCCGGGCCCCGGCCCCAACGCUGACGGCCACGUCUCGCCCGCACCGAAGGCCAAGGAGCCGCUGCACGAGCGCUACCGGCUGCAUUCGCUGCUGGGCAGCGGCGGCUUCGGCCGCGUCUACGCGGGGACCUGCCUGGCGGACGGAGCCCCGGUGAGUGCAGCAGGAGGAGGAGGAGAAGGAGGAGGAGGAGGAGGGCGGGACGGGCGGCGAGCUCAACCCGCCCUUCCCCUCGGCUUGCAGGUGGCCAUCAAAGCCGUGUCCCGGGAUGGCAUCCGGCGCUGGGGCGAGCUGCCCGACGGCACCCGGGCCCCCCUGGAGAUCGUGCUGCUGGACAAGGUGUCCAAUGGCUUCCCUGGGGUCAUCCAGCUCCUGGAGUGGUUCGAGCUCCCCAACGGGUUCCUGUUGGUGAUGGAGCAUCCGGAGCCGUCUCAGGACCUCUCUCGCUUACUGAGGGCGUGGGGGUUCCUGCCGGAGGAGAUGGCGUGGGGGCUGUUCCGCCAGGUGCUGCAGGCCGUGCGGCACUGCACCAGCUGCGGUGUCCUGCACCGGGACAUCAAGCCCCAGAACAUCCUCCUCCACCUGGCCAGCGGCGAGGCCAAGCUCCUCGACUUUGGAUGUGGCACCUUCCUUAAGGACACGGUCUACACCCAGUUUGCAGGAACACUGUCAUACAGCCCGCCAGAGUGGAUCUACCUCAAGCGCUACCACGGCGAGGAGGCGACCAUCUGGUCCCUGGGCAUCCUGCUCUACCAGAUGGUCUGCGGGAAGCACCCUUUCCGCAAAGGCCCCAACACCAUCUGGGCCCAGCUCCCGUUCCCAGCACGGGUCUCUCCAGGCUGCCAGCAUCUUAUCAGGUGGUGUUUGUCCAUCCGCCCCUCGGACAGGCCAGCACUGGAAGACCUGUUGUGCCAUCCUUGGGUGCAGGGCAUUCCCCUGCCCUAGAAGACGGGAGAGAUCCACGUGCUCCCUUUGAUCCCGGGGCCUGGCAGACAGCUGGGCCCUCAGCAGAACGCUGACAGCCUGGUCUGGCCCCCAGGGAAGGAGAAGGGGCCUCUGGAGAAGCUGUGCCGGGUGGGGCUGCUGCUGGAGACAUCGAGGACGAUGUCAGGGAUGACAAGCUCUCAGUUGACCUGGACGCCGGCGAGCUGAAGAGGAUGGCCUUUGAUUCUGGCCCCUUCCUCCAAGCCGUGCUCCACACGCCGUUUGCAGAUGAGUCCACACCCAGGGGGUGCUCCCGGACACGGGCAUUGCUCAGCCUGGCUGGGCACCGAAGGUUCCCCCUUUGCUGAUGGGGAACCUGAGGAAUUCUUCAGCCGGCUGCCAAGCUGCUUCUUGGCAGGAGGGCGGGCGGGUGCUCUGGGCUGGCUGUGAAAUGGGAGCCCGGCUCUGCCCCCAGCCUCUGCCACUGCCCCUUUGCUGGGCGGGGCUGGGGCAGGGGCAGCCAGCCUGCCAAAAACAAACCCCCGUGGGGGGAGCAAAGGCGGGGCUGCAGAACACCAGCUGCUUUGGGCUGCAGGCCAGGAAAGGCUUGGGCUGCCUUGGCUUAGGAGCCUUUCUUUGGGCCAGUGCAGCAGGGCAGGGAGAAGGCCUGGGUUUUCCUCAGCUGGAGGAGGUGGGGUUUCUCUUUGGCCUGCAGGGCUUGGGCCUUCCUCAGAACCCUGACAGAAGGUUAACAUUUUACCUUUUUUUCUUGUUUCCACUUUUGGUUUGUAAUCUCUGUUCAUGAAUUUGUUGUUUGUUUUCCAGGGAAGAGUUGGAGCUGGUGCCCAGUCCGGGUUGGGAAGGGCUGGGACCAUCCCUGGAGAGGAUCUGACGUCCCCUCUGAGAAGGCUGAGGACAUCCUUUGGGACAUGCUCUUCUUGCGGCAGCAGAUCUUGGGAGGUAGAUGCUCAUCUUGCCCAUCUUGUCAGCAGCAGUGGGAUAAUGGCUUUGGGGAGAUGGCAGCAGGCACAUGAACAUCCCGCUCUUGCAGCUGCUGAGGAGGUUGAUCUCCUGGGCUUGGCUGGAGGAGGUGGCACCUGUGUUGAGUAAUUGCUGAAAUCCAAUCGAUCUGGGAUGACCCCAAAUGACAGUUUAGUUUUCAGCUUGCUCGAGCUGUAUCUCAGCAGCUUUUGGGUAUCAUUUUUGGCCCCCAGACAGGACACCUCUGCCUGAUCUCCCGCGGAUCCGAGGGAUCUCUGGAUCUUCACGCCAGCACCAGGACUUUGCUGCAGAAGAGCACAGAUCCCCAGCCCAGUCUGGGACACAGAACGUGUGAAAGGGCAGAAAGAUUGUGGUGUGAAUGCAGCGCCCUCAGAGCCCUUGGUGUGAGCCCGGAAAGGAAAAUCAAGCUGAGGGACAAGAUCAGUCUAAUUUGGGGACAUUGUUGGAGGUUGGAGUUGCAGUUCUGGAAGAAAUCCCUGAGGAAAUGGUGCCCCCGGGGAGAGGAAGAGGACGAGAGCAUGGACAGCCUGCUUCAAACAUCCCCCCAGGAGACUUGGGAGCAGUCCCUGUGCAUCCUGUAAGAAAGAUGGACACUGGAAAUGGGAUUGUCCGCAACUGAAACUUCAGAACCCUCCGAACCCUCUCGUGGCAUCACUGAAGACGACUGAGGGGGCACCAGAGGAUUCUUCCCCAUCAGAACAUCUGGUUCCAGCCAAGCUAAGCACAAUUGUUUGUGGCUGUGGGAACUUGUUCCUCUGUGUUAAAUGCAGGGAAAUGAAACUCAAGGGACAAUUCUAGAACAAUUGUCUGGUGUGCCAGGGAAUUGGGAAACUGGGCCAUUUUUAAUGCUGUGGCUUUGAAAUUGGGAAAACAGUGGUUGGCUCCCCAGUUUUUGUAUUUCCCCAAUUCCCCAAAGCCUCUGCUUGGGAGAGAUCUCUUGGCAAAAUGAAAUGCCACAAUCCAAUUGAAAAAUGGUCCAAUAUAGGUUAUUAUUGCAGAGCCUAAUUCUGUGCAAGUUUCUAGUUUUGCAUGAGAGUCUCCCAAAGCAGAAGUAAUCCAUCUGCCACCAUCACUUGGGGAUGCAGUGGUUCCAACAGGAUGGGCUGGAGAGGUGCCUCCAUGAUCCAAGAGAGCAGAACCCGUGAGAAUUCCAGAGAAACCUGGAGUGGGGUUGGUGAGGCCAAAGCAAUGUCCUUUGCAAAUAGAAAGUUGUAAGGGAUUCUCACCCUUUGUAGAACAACUGAUGAAAUUUUGCUUGUGAAAAGAAUGUGAAUCUAAAUGGAAUGCUCCAGUUUUGCCAGUCAAGCAGGCAAAUGGAAGGCUAUGCCAGUUAGUCCAAGACCUUAGAGCUGUAAAGAACAGAGUAGAAGAUAUACAAGCAGUCAUAGUGAAUCCUUACACUUUGCUAACUCCCCUAAAUGAAAGUUUAAUAUGUUUCACAGCAUUAGGUUUGAAAGCUGCCUUUUUGUGUCUCCCUUUGAGUUGGGAAAGUCAAGAGCUUUUUGCUUUCCAAUGGGAAAAUGCAAAGCUGGGGAGGAAAACCCAUCUGACUUUGGUGGUCCUCUUGCAGGGGUUUAAAAAUAGCCCCCCAAUAUCUGGAACUCAAUUGGCAAAGGGACUGGAGGAAUGGAGAAGUCCAAACCCACCCUCUUGGAGCCUUAUUGCAGUGUGGGGAUGAUCUUUUGAUGCCACUGAUGCUGAGCAGCAACGUUGGGGUCAGACUGUGGCCCUGUGGAAUUUCCUUGGGCUGAGUGGAUAUGGGGUAUCCCAAACACAAAGUGCAAGUAGUCCAGAGCCCAGGAGCCUCCGUGGGCUUUGGAAUUCUCCAAGGACAAGGGAGGCUGGGCCAGGAAGGAAAGAAGCAACCUGUCAACUGCCCCAGCCCCAGCAAAGGAAACCCAGAGCGGGAUUGCUUCCAGACUAGAGGAGAAGUGUAUUGGGGCAGAGCUGACUUAGGAGACAGCCCCUUGGAAAGUCCUGGUUGGGAAUUGUUUCCCAGUGGGGGCAGCUUUGUCCGGCAUGGAAAACAAUUCUCUGGAUGCACAGAACUCCCCACCACCAGGGCAGAGAUCCUGACAGAGAUCCUUCUCCCAGUAGAAGAAAAUGAGUCUAGUGCUAAGGAUUGUCAACUCCUUGAAACAGUAGAGCAAACUUUGCUCCAGGAGGCUGGGCAGUUCCCCCAAGUGGGCAAAUAAUAGUCCCUGAGCCAAUCUCCUGUGACCUGGUGGAUGGGGAACAUGAGGGGAUUCCUUGGAGUGAAGCAAAUUAUUGAAACAUUUGCCCAAGUGGGUUCUUGGUCCAAAACUGACCCCAGUUGUACAAGCAGUGAGUCAGCAGUGUGGUGUGUGGAAGAGAAAUAAUCCAAACCCUGCCACUGGAGUGGGAACAGGUGAUGGAAAAUGCAGAAAUGCUGCAGGUGAAUGUUGGCAGAUGGAUGUGACUGAAUUGCCCAGAAAAGGGGGGUGUAAAGAUCUCCUGGUCUUGGGGGAUACCUUCUCUGGGUGGCCAGAGGCUGUUCCUUGUUGCACUAAGCAGGUUGGGAAAGAGACUGCAAUCCUGUUCAGUGCAAUCCUCCCUGUAUUUGGGAUGCCUUUGGGAAUGUCAUCAGACAGAGGUUCCCACUUGACUGCAGAAACAAAAUGCUUCACUCUUGUUUUGCUCUUCUGACAACAGUUCAAACACUGUUGACGUGGGAGGAAAAUUUACAUGUCUUUUUAGUGCCAAAGGUGAUCCAAGUGUUGCCCACAAGUGUCUGUAUUAAGUAAGCAAGACUCUGUAAGGAAUCUGGAAACUGUGUGUGUAAUGUAAAGCCCUGUGUGGCUGUCACUGAAGUGCUGAGGCUGAACAACAGCCCCUGAGCCAAAGCUGAGCUCUAGAUGAACCUUCCAACCUAAUGGGCUGUGUCUCCAUGUAUCUGCUCCUGAGCUAAAACUGGGUCUAUUUGUUGGUACAAAUGUGGUGGGAUGGGACUCCACCUGUGUAUCUGCUCCUGAACCAAACAGGUGUGCUUCUUAGGAAGAUCUGUUAGUCUGGGCUCAUCAGUGAAUCCUGUUUGUAUCUGUUCCUUAACAAAAGAUGUCUGAUUGUGAGCAAAA